AUGUUUUUGGUUCAGUUUGAUCACCUGUUUGUGGUGGGCCUUCUGGCCACGGCCUGCCUGGCCGCCGAGGAGAAGAAGGCGACUGAGGACCUGAAGACGGACAGCUCGUCCACCAGCUUCUCCCACAGCAGCCUCGGCUCGGUGCACUCUGGAGUGUCCACGUACCACGCUCCUUCCACCACCUACGCCCCUGCCAGCUCCAACCACGCGGCGUCGGCUGGCUACGCCUCUGGCUCGUCCUACCACGCUCCGUCCCCCACCUACUCGUCCAGCUCGUCGUACCACGCUCCGUCUACUGGCUACUCGUCGGGCCCCUCGUACCACGCCGAGCCGGCCUACUCGCCCAGCUCCUCCUACCACGGCGCCGCCCCCAGCUACGCCCCCGUCUCGCCCUACCACGGCCCGGCUAGUUACGCCUCGGAGGGGGCGUGA